GUGGGAGUCGUUAUUUGUGUACAAUACGAGACAGUUUAGGGUUACUUGCUACCUGUUUCCCUUCCGUUCAAAACAUCUCCUCGGCCUUCCGCUGAUCUUUUCUCCGUAUGUGAUGCUGUCUAGAGCCUUCAGUGUCCGAAGCACUUCCCGUCCGACACGGAGGAUUCAACCAGGGAUACUACCCAUGCGACCGGUGAAAGGUUUGACAGCCCUGAUGAGUCUAAUCUAUACCUCCGUUCAUACUUUCUUACGCUAUCCCUCCUACCAUGCCUCUCUCCCAGCGCUGCUUACCCUAAUCCUUUCCAGGCUGGCAUGCGAUGUGCGUGACUACGGAUGGAGCACCGUCGCUGUUGACGACCUCUUGGAACCAGGAGUAUGCACUACUUGCCCUUAUUCGCUACGGUGGCAUCCUAGCAAGACCUCGAUGUCUUUUGACUCGCUUCCCUCAUCGUCGACCACACACCAAAGCCCUAAGACCAUCCCGAUGAUCCCAGCGACUUCCCGACCGGUCGAUUAAUAUUGAUGCCCAUCGACGAUCUUCAAUGAUCUGAAUCCCUCACCGGUCGCAAAUCCAUGACAACGUCGCCACGACUUCCGGAUAGCCAUCUCUGAUCGCCAAGGGCCCUCGGAUCCACCCCAUCUCCAGCCUCAUGUCCAUCUUCCGACUUCCGUCCCUAAAUACAACAGCCCCAGCUUUCUCGACACUG